AUGGAGAACACACUGCGGGAAUACUAUCACUGCACCACAAAAGUGGUCGAUGCUGUGAGGAACAGGAGGGCCCAGUCCGUGUUGGUCCCGCAGACGGACAGGUUGCAGCUGGUUUACGAUCUGUACGAAUUCACGCACAGGGACCCUGUGAAACCGCUAGUGAAUUUGAUAUUCUUGCACGGGAGCGGCAUGAAUAGAGUAGUGUGGGAGUACUAUCUGGUCAAACUGGCCCAUAACGCUGGGGAACUGCCUUGGCAACCCCUUAAAAUAGUGCUGUUGGAUCAAGCUACCCAUGGGGAUUCUGCCGUCUUGAACGAGGGAAAGCUCGGGGUUGAUUUUGACUGGGUCGACGGCGCGAGGGAUGCCUGUCAAAUAGCACUCGACGAGUUCCCGUUGGAACUUGAUGGGGAAACUGUACAUAACGUUGUCGUGGGCCACUCGAUGGGAGGGUUCCAAGCACUCUGUUGCGCGGUCCUCUGUCUCGAUUUCUUCAGCACUGUGAUUGCUAUUGAACCCGUGGUGGUCGCUCACUUCAUGCCCGAGGAUCACAGACAGUUUACCGUAUUGAACUCAAAAUUCUUCAACGCACUCUGGGCGAAGAUGGAGAGCUCUUUCGAGACGGACGCCGAAUACGUCGAGUUUAUGACACAGCGCAGUUUCUUUACAAAGACGCACCCUGUAAUUCUUCAAAGGCUUAUCGAUUUCGAGAGACGGAUGGACCAUCGUGAUGGGACCGUAAGGACAAAAAUAGACCGCAGACAAAACUCACUGUGCUACAUGACUUUGAAUCCAUGUACGUCGUGGCUGAUUGCUAAUCUGAAAUUCAUACACGUCCCAGUUUAUAGUAUCGUAGGUGGGGUGUCCCAUUGGACCCCCCCGGCCAACCAAGAAUUGCUUACGAAGGAGAUACACAAUUACGAAAAGCACAUCGUCGAGGAUGGUGACCAUUUGUUGAAUUUGGAGAUGCCAGAUGCGGUGCUCAUGGAAAUACAGAAACAUAUUUCAAAGUUUGUGUCGACAUUGCAAGAUGUUCAAGUCGAAAAGUUAUCGGACUCUCAGAGGACGGGGAGAUUUGCAGAGCAAUACCGAAGGUUUUGCAAGGAAAGAAUAUCAGACUUCCCUUUAUCAAAGGUUGCCAAGUUGUGA